UCUGCGGGAGUCAUAUCAGGGGACCUCCAGAGCCAAUCUGCUUGGACUGAGAAGUGAUAAUUAUUCAUGGGCUCCUGCCUCCUGCUCUUUCUCUUCCACAGCCCCACUCUGCAGACUCAGUGCCUUAUUCAGUCUUCUCUCUCUCUCUCUCCGCUGCUGUAGCUGGACCCCUUUGCCUUCCCCACCUCUGAGCAUCCAUCUGCACUUCUCUACAAUGGCUAAAACAGCAAUGGCCUACAAGGAAAAAAUGAAGGAGCUGUCCAUGCUGUCACUGAUCUGCUCUUGUUUUUAUCCUGAACCUCGCAACAUUAACAUCUAUACAUAUGAUGAUAUGGAAGUGAAGCAGAUUAACAAGCGAGCUUCUGGCCAAGCCUUUGAACUGAUUCUAAAGCCACCAUCUCCAGUGUCAGAAGCUCCACGUACCUUGGCUUCUCCAAAGAAGAAAGAUGUGUCUCUGGAGGAAAUCCAGAAGAAGCUGGAAGCUGCGGAAGAAAGAAGAAAGUCUCAGGAGGCCCAGGUGCUGAAACAAUUGGCAGAAAAGCGAGAGCAUGAGCGAGAAGUCCUUCAGAAGGCUUUGGAAGAGAACAACAACUUCAGCAAAAUGGCAGAGGAAAAGCUGAUACUGAAAAUGGAACAGAUUAAAGAGAACCGUGAAGCUAAUUUAGCUGCUCUUAUUGAACGCCUUCAAGAGAAGGAGAGGCAUGCUGCCGAGGUCCGUAGGAACAAGGAGCUCCAGGUGGAACUGUCUGGCUGAAGAUAAUGGAGGACAUAACAUACCCCCAUCUCUAGUAAACUCCCCUGCCUAUAUUAUAAUGGAUCACGCGAUAUCAGUAUGGGAAAAUGUAUGACAUGGUUUAAAAAAAAAAAAAAAGAACU